AUGCUUAAACAAAGCUUGCUACAGCACUUUGGUCGAGCCGGUCUUAGUGGCUCAUUUGUUGCAAGAAGAUGGCAGUCUUCAUUUACGUUUUCAAGUAACAAAUCGCUUUUACAGAAGGAUCAGUUGAAGAACGAGAGACGCAAGAAAACUACCGAUAAAGAUACAAAAACAGGCAGUCAUGGUACUAGUAUGGAUAAGACUGGCACCAAGCGUACUUCCACCUUGGAAAUACGCGCUAAAGGGCGGAGAACAGCAGAUUACUCAUGGCUGCCCAAGGCACCUUCCACGGCACAUCUCAAACAUCGUGAUGUCUGCACUUCAGUCUUGUAUUCAGGCUAUAGACCAUUCUUCCUGAAGCCCGAAGACCAAAAGCAGAACGACAGUACGCUCUACGAGUUUGCCAUGAAACUGGAAGGCUUAGGCGAUCCAUUGCCUUGGAUCUCGUCUGCCACGGGUACCGAGUUCUUUGGGGAAUGGGAUGGUGUCCCAGCCGAUGUUAUAAAGAAGUUGAAGCCAUAUCAGCCACCAGCCCAAAAUCUGGUAGACAAAGAUCGUGAGGCUCGCAAACUCCUGCACCAAGAACACGUUGAACAGGAGAAACAAAAGCUGAUCAAUAGAUCUAAGGGCCGGAAAAAGCCAAUUCUAAGAUUGCUACAACUGAACAAGAAGUUUGAUGAUCAGGAUGGAGACUAA